AAUAAUAAUUUUACUUGGUUAAGACGCGAGGAUGGACCAGUGCCACGACUGCCGCUUUGUUUCCAUGCAGAUAAUGCAUACCACUCAGCGAUGCAGCAUUCGGUUCCGAGUCGAUUUCCAGCCGAUGAUGAGACGUCGGCAAAAUGUGACCAACGAAUCAUUGAAUACCCGUCAAGCUCUGCCAGACCCCUACGAGGCUGUUUUCCCUCGGCGUGCUCAUUUUUCUCGUCCUCUCCAAUAGAUCGUUUUCACGUCUUAUUUAUUUCCAGACCGGUUUCUCAUGACAGAGAGCUCAAGUGCCUCAAUGUGACCUUGGGCGUGCGCGACGGGACGUCCUACUUUGGGCAGCGAUGUGGGAGUUUUUACCACGGCCUAAUUUUUUGUGUCCUGUUGAGGAUAGGCCCCUUGCGAUGCACUGUUGCAAUCAUAGUUCUCUCUCUGCCAUAUUCUCUCGAAAUGGAUUCAUCUUUGAGCCAUAAUACAACGUGUUCCCCACCAUCUUACCCCCAACACAUUUACACGGUCAGCAAUCAUUCCUGUAUAUCGUUUCUCUCCCCAUCCUCGGGUACCACGCACCGGUUUCUCACACCCAGUAACUCUCGAGAAAUGCCUCACGUACCGAAAGAGUAUAACUAGCCAUUGCAAUAAUCCCUGGCCCCAUUCACUUGCCCGACAAUGCGUCUCCGAGUCUCCUCUUUACUACUGACCUUGCUC